AUCAACUUCUCCAGCACGGCAUCAACCGGAGUCGAGGGCCGCAGCCUCGCCGGCAGGGAUGCAGGGGGCAGGAAGGCUCCUUGUCGGCGCCGGAGGGUGACGGCGGCCGAAUGGUGAGGGACAGCCCGACAGUCGCCGCCCUCUCAGCGCUUCUUGCCCGCUCCGCUUCUCUGUCCGCCGCUGCGGCGCUCCACGCCCGCCUCCUCCGCUCCUCACGCCUCUUCAGCCACCCCUUCCUCGCCAACUGCCUCGCCGCCGCUUACUCCCGCCUCGGCGCCACCCCUGCCGCCAUCGCCCUGCUGACCCACGCGCCCGGCGGCGCAGCCAACCGCUUCUCCCGCAACAUCCUCCUCGCCGCGCUGCUCAAGUCCCGUGACCUCCCGGCGGCGCGGAGGCUGUUCGACGGAAUGCCCCACAGGGACACCGUCGCCUACAACUCCAUCAUCUCCGGCUACUCUCGAAGCGGGCGCGCCGACGAGGCGCUCCGGCUUGCGCGCAGGAUGAGGGAGCUAGGCGUCAGGCCUAGCGCCUUCACCUUCUCCAUUGUCUCGUCGGCGGUCUGCUCUGCCCCCCACGGGAUGCAGGUUCAUGCAGCUGCUGUCCGUCACGGCUCUGCCCAACACAAUGCCGUCGUCGGCAACACGCUUGUCGACAUGUAUCGGCGUGUCGGCCUCUUGGAAUAUGCCAUGCGCGUCUUUUGGAAUAUGAACGAAUUGGACAUGGUUUCGAUGAAUUCUGUCAUGUCAGUGUACAAGGAUGAUGGCCAGAGCAGUGCGGUGUUUGAGUGUUUCCGAUUGACUAGAAGCCAUGGGUUUUCGGUUGACGAAUGCAGUGUGUCGACGGUGCUUACCGCGUGCACAGAUAUUGAGGAUUUGGCUAAGGGUGACCAGCUCUUGGCCCUUUGCGUCAAAACAGGACUCCUGUCAAAUUCUAUCAUCUGUAGUGCUGUGAUCGGCCUAUUGUCCAUGUCUGACAGACUACCUGAUGCUGUCAGGCUUUUCGAGGGAUUAACCAAAUGGGACUCAGAAACAUGUAACGCAAUGAUAUCGUGCUAUGCCAGGAGUGGUUUGAUGGAGCAUGCUCUGGGCCUCUUUGUGAUUGCUCUGCGAAAUGCCGUUCUUCCAACUGAGUUCACUUUUGCAAGCGUGCUGAGAUGGAGUUCGUGUUUUGGUCUGAUGGAGCAGGGCACCCAAAUCCAUGCACUGGUAUAUAAAUGUGGGUUUGAGGAUGAUAUGAUUGUUGCCACUGCUCUCAUUGACAUGUAUUGUAAGUUAGGUUCCUUGAAGCAUGCCAGGAAACUCUUCGAUAGUGUUUGUGUCAAGGAUUUGGUGUUAUGGAAUACAAUGAUCAUCGGUCUAUCGCAGAAUGGGGGAGGUAGGGAAGCUCUUGGAGUGUUUUGGUGGAUGCUGGACUGUGGCGUCAAGCCAGAUAGAAUUACUCUUUUCGGAGCUUUAUCUGCUUGUAGCUUGGGAGGUCUGGUUAAUGAAGCAAUGGAUAUAAUUUCCCUGUUUAAAGCCAAGUACCAUGUCGUCCCUGGCCUGGAGCACUAUGCAUGUGUGGCUGACAUGUUAAGCCGUGCAGGGUUGUUUAGAGAGGCAGAAGAUCUAGUCCAGAACAAGUUGCAGAAGUGCAAUACUGCUGCCCUCCUCAAUAUUCUCGAGGCUUGCAUGAUUCAAGGAGAUUUCGCCAUGGCAGAGUCAAUCGCAGAGAAUAUGUUGAAACUGAAGCCUCAGUCGUCACUGCCGUACACUGUUCUGGCUCGAACGUAUGGUGCAAGAUGUAAGUGGGAAAGCAUGGCCAGGAUGUGGAGGUCAAUGGAAGCUUUAGGUGCAAAGAAGGUUGGGGAAUGUAGCUGGCUCUGCAUCAAGAAUGAAAUCCAUGUGUUUACAUCUGAACAAAUACUGCAUCAAGGAAGCGAAGCUACGUAUGCAGUUUUAGACCUAUUGUUCUGGGACAUGAUGGAUGAGAUCUCCAUGAUGGAUCGCAUUCAUGCUCCUGGUUGUGUUGAUAUAAUUCAUACACAAGAUCCCAAGAAGAGAAAGGGAUUUGAUUGCCUUCAGCAGUUCUUGGAUUGCACUCUGUGAGCUGUGCAACUAACGUAAUUAUUCAGCUAGGACCGUCUCACAAUGGUCAUGCGGUUACCUUGACUUGACAGUAAGGCAGCUUAAGCUACAUAUUGUUAAGCAGGCAAGCACUAUGAGCACCAAGAAAAGACCAUUAUCCCGAGAGGGUGCAGAAAUCUGAUGAUCCAGUAUGUUGGCAAAGAACAGUGAUCAGGUUUUACUUCGUGUUUAUAUCUUGUACGCAGGUUGGUGGUGGUCUCUUGUUAGAACCGUAUAGGAUUUUGCCAUCGGGCGGUUACUUAGUGUGAUCUGAUAGACUGAUGUAUAAUAGCACUUGCAUGCCCUCGUCGAUGCCACCACGGGCCAGAAGCGCAUGUGGACGGCGUCCAGUUACGAGCAGGGCAGGCAACUGCUGCCAAGCACCUAUGGGGUCAUCUAAGCAUUUGGAGAGCUACCUGGCAUGUGGUUUGACAGUAUCACAAUCAAAGAAAGGACAUACCAAGUUUCCACAGCUCUAUGCAGAACGCAUUUUCAAGUACGCCGAGUGCGGGCCAUCUUGCUUUGUGUUGGCACUUGUCUACAUGGAGAGAUAGCUAGCAAGCAAAUGUGCACAUGAUGCUCUUUAGUGUUCAUCGCUUGCUAAUUACAGGUGUGGUGUUGCUGCCAAAUUCACUGAUGAUGCGUUUUUCAACAGUGCAUUCUAACAUGCAUAGGGUGGGAGGAAUCAGUGCAUGCGAGAUGAAUCGGCCUGAGUUGGAUUUGCUGUUUAAUCUGGACUUCAGGCUGAAAGUGAACCUGGAGUCAUUUGGGAGCUGCUGCUUGCAGCUGGAGAAACAUGCAGCGCGUUCACCAGAGACUGCCGGUUCAGGUUCAUUGUGUCAAUGGAUGAAAAGAUUUGAGCUAUAGCGGUAGCGCCCAUGAGUUUUGCUAGAGCAAGCUAUGUAGGGCCUACAAUUUUUGCUGAUUACUGAUUAUUCUUUUAAAUCUGAAUGUUCGUGCGUUCAGAUUACAUAAAUUAUUUUACUUCUACAACAGUUAAUUCUUGUAAACCAGUCCGUUCAUCUGUUUAAAUUUGCACCACCGAGUUGGGAAACAGUAUUCGGUCCUGGUUUAACUGAUAUGUGCAAGUAUCCUGUCGGCAGAUGAAUCCGGCUUUCGAA